AUGAAGCUGAAGACAACUCUCAUCGGAUUGCUCCGAAAUCUCGAAACGGAUAAGGGCUCGCCCACUCCCGACAGCAACACUCGCGAAGUGCUCUCGGCGAUUGACGGGUUGCUGCGGAAGCUAACGCCUGGCACGGCCCUCUACGCGGCCUUCCACGACGGCCAAGUGCAUGAUCCGCUAGGCGCCGGCUCCUACGCGUUCAAGGACGAUUUCGUCGGUCCUAUUCUUCUCGGUCUAGUGAACGAUGAAACCAGCGGGAGCGGUCCGACCAGCAGCAAUAAUGAUCAACAUGCAGCCUUAGCCAUGCCCACCAGACCUAUUAUCUUCCACGCGGGAGCGCAGCCAAACAACUCGCCGCAUUGCGGCACCCUUAUUGUCUUCUUCUUUACUUUCGCGGUGGCAAGGGCCGUCAGAGAUCGACUACAGGCCAGCAUGUCGGGCGGGCUGGCGCCGCCGGUCUCGGUCGAGAUGACCUUGGUUGAUACAGCGCCAGUGAACAGCGAGGGCAUCGAAGUAGAGGGGAUCCAGUACCAGCGCUCUUAUCGGGACGUGCCUAACGCUCUCGGUACACGUAUAGCCGACUAUCAGGAAGUCUUCGCCCUUCUAUCCGCCUGGUCUGGAAUUCCUGUCCACAUCUCGUUCCAACGCGAUUUCUUCUCCCAAGCGCACAUGCCCAGUCUUGUCAGCUACCUCGUCGCAAACCAUAAACAACUUGGCCAACAGCUCGCCCCCACAUACGGGACGCUCGCCGUCCGCGCCGCCUGUCCCGUUCCAGGCUGUCACCUGGCGGAGAAACACGGCCGCCGCAACCAGUACACAUACCAAACAACUAGACCUGGAAAAGUAGCCGACCCCAAGCCGUCAGAAGCAGCAGCAGCGGCUAUCACGUUCCACUGCCCCCGCCACGGCCCGCAUACUAUCAACACAUCCUCGGCCGAUGAACUUGCCCGUCUAGAGGCUAACGCGCCGACACGGAACCUGCUCCGCAGCAUGUCACACCUGCUCGACACCGAUAGGCACCACGUGCGCGUCACGGGCGCCGACUACGCCGGCAUGUACCAAGAGACGUUCCUCUAUCGGCCGCUGGCAGCGUGGUCGGCGGCGACGGACCACGCGAGGGGGCGCACGCCGCACAUCCUGUACGCGCCGCUCGUGGUCGACUGGAGCGGCGCCAAGCUGAGCAAGUCGCUGUACGUACGUGACGGCGGCUACGCGGCGAUGCGGCUGUUCCGGUCGGACGGGCUGUGCAGUUAUGUGCGGCUGAAGGAGCAGGUCGGAAAGGAAGGGCUAAGAAGACUGUGGGAUGAGGUCGUCCGGUGGGUGGCAGACCCGAGGAAAUUGUUUCGCUGUUGGUCGGUUGAGUAUCUGCAGAGGAUUGCGAUCCAAGGCGAGGUGCUGGGGUGA